UUGAAGACAGAACGGAAUUUAGAGCAGAUCCAGAAGACACAGCGACAGAGCCUCCCUGUUGCCAGCUGUUUUUAGAGAACGGAAGAAAAUGAUCCAGGCCCAGGAAACCCUGACAUUUGAGGAUGUGGCCGUGGACUUCACGUGGGAGGAGUGGCAGCUCCUGGCCCCUCCUCAGAAGGACCUGUAUCGGGAGGUGAUGCUGGAGAACUAUAGCAACCUGCUGUCCGUGGGUUUUCAAGCCAGCAAACCAAAUCUACUGUCCAAGUUGGGUCAAGGAGAACCAUGGAUGAUGGAAGAUGAAAUCCACUGUCAAACCCGUUCAGAAAUCUGGAAAGUUGAUGAUCACCUGCUGGAGCACUUACAAAAUGAGAGCAUGGAGAAGAGACUAGAACAAUGGCAUGAACAGAACCCACUGGAAUAUUUUGUUCAUCAGAGCAGAACUCAUUUUCUGUUCAGGCAAAAUCAUGAUGUGUUUGACUUACAUGGAAAAAGUAUGAAAUCAGAUUUAACUUUACUUCCCCAGAGCAGGAGCUAUGAAAUAAAGAGCCCUGCUGAGUUUACUGGUGAUGGGAAGUCCUGUCUCCAUGCUGACAAUGAACACUUUCAUACUGAAAUUAAAUUUCCCGAAAGCCAAAAACUCAUCAGCUCUAAGUCUCAAUUCAGCAAGCAUCAGAAAACCCCAAAAAUAGAGAAGCCUCAUGUAUGUGGUGAAUGUGGGAAAGCUUUCAUCAAAAAGUCUUGGCUCACUGAUCACCAGAUAAUUCAUACAGGAGAGAAGCCCCAUCGAUGUAACAUGUGUGGGAAAGCAUUCUCUAGAAAGUUCAUGCUUACUGAACAUCAGAGAACACAUACAGGAGAGAAACCUUAUGAAUGCACUGAAUGUGGCAAAGCCUUCCUCAAGAAAUCACGGCUCAAUAUACAUCAGAAAACCCAUACCGGAGAGAAACCAUAUAUAUGCAGUGACUGUGGGAAAGGCUUCAUCCAGAAGGGAAAUCUCAUUGUACAUCAGCGAAUUCACACAGGCGAGAAACCUUACAUAUGCAAUGAAUGUGGAAAAGGCUUCAUCCAGAAGACUUGCCUCAUUGCACAUCAGAGAUUUCACACAGGAAAGACUCCUUUUGUGUGCAAUGAAUGUGGAAAAUCCUGUUCCCAGAAGUCAGGUCUCAUUAAACAUCAAAGAAUUCACACAGGAGAGAAACCCUUUGAAUGCAGUGAAUGUGGGAAAGCCUUCACUACAAAGCAAAAGCUCAUUGUUCAUCAAAGAACUCAUACAGGAGAGAGACCCUAUAUCUGCAAUGAGUGUGGGAAAGCUUUUGCCUACAUGUCUUGCCUUGUUAAACAUAAGAUAAUACACACAAGAGAGAAACGUGGAGAUUCAGCCAAGGUGGAAAAUCAUCCCUCAGAGAGUCACAGGUCCUCACAGACUAGUGAUGUUAUGCAGGAGAAAACCCCUGUAAAUUCAGUGACUAUGCAGGUGCCUUCAGUGGCCCCUCAGACAUCAGUAAACAUAAGUGAACUCCUAGCAAAUAGGAAUGUAGUCAUAGUGGGACAACCUGUGGCCAGAUGUGCACCCACAGGAGAUAACAGAGGUUUUGCACAGGAGAGAACCCUUAUGAAUGCAUUGAAUGUAGUUGUGCCUUCAGUGGUCAAUUACAUCUUAUUUUAUGUCACAGAAAACCAGAGCAGAUCCAGAAGACACAGCGACAGAGCCUCCCUGUUGCCAGCUGUUUUCAGAAAACAGAAGAAAAUGAUCCAGGCCCAGGAAACCCUGACAUUUGACGAUGUGGCCGUGGACUUCACGUGGGAGGAGUGGCAGCUCCUGGCCCCUCCUCAGAAGGACCUGUACCGGGACGUGAUGCUGGAGAACUAUAGCAACCUGCUAUCUGUAGGUUUUCAAGCCAGCAAACCAGACAUACUCUCCAAGUUGGAUCAAGGAGAACCAUGGACAGUGGAAGAUGAAAUCCACUGUCGAACCCAUUCAGAAGUCGGGAAAGUUGAUGAUCACCUGCUGGAGCACUUACCAAAUGAGAGCAUGGAGAAGAGACUAGAACAAUGGCACAAACAGAACCCACUGGAAUAUUCUGAUCAUCGGAGCAGAACUCAUUUUCUGUUCAGGCAAAAUCAUGGUAUGUUUGACUUACAUGGAAAAAGUAUGAAAUCAAAUUUAACUUUACUUUCCGAGAGCAGAAGCUAUGAAAUAAAGAGCCCUGCUGAGUUUACUGGAGAAGUCAGAUCCUGUCUCCAUGGUGACAAUGAACAAUUUCAUACUGAAAUUAAAUUCCCCGAAAGCCAAAAACUCAUCAGCACUAAGUCCCAAUUCAUCAAGCAUCAGAAGACUCAGAAAAUAAAGAAAUCUCAUGUAUGUGGUGAAUGUGGGAAAGCUUUCAUCAAGAAGUCUUGGCUCACUGAUCACCAGAAUCUUCAUACAGGAGAGAAACCCCAUCGAUGUAAUCUAUGUGGGAAAGCCUUCUUCAGAAAGUUCAAGCUCACUGAACAUCAGAGAACGCAUACAGGAGAGAAACCUUAUGAAUGCACUGAAUGUGGCAAAGCCUUCCUCAAGAAAUCAGGGCUCAGUGUCCAUCAGAAAACCCAUACCGGGGAGAAACCAUUUAUAUGCAGUGAAUGCGGAAAGGGCUUCAUCCAGAAGGGAAAUCUUAUGGUGCAUCAGCGGAUUCACACAGGCGAGAAACCUUAUAUAUGCAAUGAAUGUGGAAAAGGCUUCAGCCAAAAGACGUGCCUCACAGCACACCAGAGAUUUCACACAGGAACGACUCCCUUUGUGUGCGGGGAAUGUGGAAAAACCCUUUCGCAGAAGACAGGUCUCAUUAAACACCAAAGGACUCACACAGGAGAGAAACCCUUUGAAUGCAGCGAUUGUGGGAAAGGCUUUAUCGAGAAGCCGCAGCUCGUUAUCCAUCAGAGAAUCCAUACAGGGGAGAAACCCUACAGAUGUAGUGAAUGUGGAAAAUCAUUCAGAGGGAAGUCAGUCCUCAAUAAACAUCAGAAAACUCAUUCAGUCAAGGUGGAAAAUCCUCCCUCAGAGGGUCACAGGUCCUCACAGAGCAGUGUUGUCCUCCAAGAGAAAAACCUUAAUACAGUGACAAUGCAAGUAUCUUCUGUGGUCCCUCAGACAUCAGUCAACAUCAGUGGGCUCCUAGCAAACAGGAAUGUAGUCAUAGUGGGACAGCCUGUGGCCAGAUGUGCACCCGCAGGAGAAAGCAGAGGGUUGGCACAGGAGAGAACCCUUAUGAAUGCAGUGAAUGUGGUUGUGCCUUCAGUGGUCAAUUAUAUUUUAUUUUAUGUCACAGAAAACCAGCAGGGAAAAAAUUAAGACAUUCUCUGAGGAAAAGCGUUGAGCAAAAAUUUCUAGUUCAUAUGGUGGCUGAAAAGUAUACACUGCGAGGGCUUCCCUGGUGGUGCAGUGGUUGAGAGUCCGCCUGCAUAGGGGACACGGGUUCAUGCCCCGGUCUGGGAAGAUCCCACAUGCUGCGGAGUGGCUGGGCCCGUGAGCCAUGGCCGCUGAGCCUGUGCGUCCGGAGCCUGUGCUCCGCAACGGGAGAGGCCACAGCAGUGAGAGGCCCGCGUACAGCAAAAGGAAAAAAAAAAAAAGUAUACACUGAGAGAAACUGUAUAAAUGCUGAGACUGGGAACACAUGACCUACUCAUCCAAUAUCAUAAAUGCCUUGGUACAGAGGCAUAAUCUGAUGUUAACCCAAACACAUAAACAUCAGUUGCUCUGUUGUGUCAAUUAAAUAAAUGAAGGAAGCCUGAGUUCAACUAAGUGGAGGAAAUAAGGAGAUGAAUUUUUUAAACAUAUAAUUUGUUUCUGGAAGGUUGCUAUGGAGGAAAAAUCACAAGAGGGCUAAUAUUGGAUUGGUGGGAUAUGGGGCAUGUAUAUAUCAAUUCAGUUUCCCCAGGCCAAGGUGAAUGAUGAAUCUGAAACUGGGAUGUCUUCCUUAAACUUUCAGAAGUUUAUAUUAUGCAGAGGGACUAAUGAAACAACAGCCUUAGACUGAGUCAGUUUGGUCUUUCACGGAGUAUUUGUCAAAUACAUCCUUGGUAUAUGGUUCUGUUCCAAAAGCUGAGGAUAUUGUGGUGAUCUGAACAGAGAAAGCUCAUGGUCCCCUGGAUAGACCAUUGAGGUAGUCGGAUUAUCUUUAAGUGGCAUCUCUACUCUCAAGCUAAUUUAGUGAGAGCAUGUAAGUAUCCAUAAUAAGUGAAAUGGACCUGGAGUAAUUGGCUCAAGGGAAUAUGACAAUUUAUUGUUGAAGGAGCAUAUCAUUUGGGAGAUUGGGGAAGAAGUUAAUAAUGGUAUUUAAGCACCAUAG